AUGACGGAGCCCGAGACUCCUCCGCCACAACUUAAGUCGGACCACGUCCAGUCGACGAAACAGAAACGAGCGAGGACCGGAUGUUUGACCUGUCGCAAACGACGCCUCAAAUGCGAUAAAGGGUUGCCGAACUGCCGGAAUUGCCAAAAAUUCAACCGAAAAUGCAAACGAGGCGUCCGUCUAAACUUCAUCGACGUCCACUGCGAGAGGCCCCCGCGCCUGGUCCCGCGGACGCGCGAUUGGAAGGUUUCUUUCCAGGAUGACUCCCGCGACAUUGCCUCCGAAUAUCAAGGCGGUCGGGAGAAGUAUCUUGUCCUCGACCCAGAGCCCAAGCGACAAAAGUUAAGCCUGUCCGAGGUGACUUGCGACUAUACUACGUCUCAGUCAGGCACAUACGUGGCCCCGUAUAGCGAGAGCUUGCUCUCUAAGAAUGAUGUCGAAGGCUCACUCUCAAAUACAGGAGGGUUCACAGAAACAAAUGCCAGCAGCAACUACUCAUUGAAACGAUACCUGGACUGGGACCAAUCUGGGGAUAUUUGGAGUCAAGGAGGGCGACCUGGCAGACGCACCUGGUCACUCUUUGCGGUGUUAGAUAUAAUUGUAUCUACCUUUCAGCUCAACAUUCAAUCCACGGAAGUCUAUGAAGCGACGGACGGCGAAUUUCGACCCAACCUCGAGCGAGGACACUCAGCGGAACGCACAAACAGGUCGGCCUUUGAACAUUUACGCCUCAUGCAUAGUUCUUACCGAGCAGAUGGUCUGCCGCAGUACAUCUCCAAGGAUCAGCAGGGCGACUAUCGAAGGACAUAUGCGACAAAGCAGCUACUUCGCUCUGCUUUAGCAUAUUUCUGGAUAUCGGGUAGACGCUCUUGUGGUUCCAUGAGAUGGCUCAAGACUCUCUGUGAAAUCAAGCUGGUGGAUUCUUUUGGCUAUCACUUCAUCUGUGCGACAAACUCGCAGGUCAAUCUCGAAUUGAACAUCCUCCACAUACGGUGCGUACGGAAAGUUCUAUACUCUCCCACCUUGUUCGAAGUCCCAGAGCGAGAUCUAUGCCACGGAAUCAAACGGGAACUAGCGCAUGCAGAUCAACCUGGCAGACGACAAAAACCUUCAUUUGGCACAUCAUUAGAGCAAGGCGUUCUGCCUACGGGGUUUGUACACAACCGAACCACCCCAUGCAUGGCACAAUUUCAACAAGGGCGCCAUUCAGCGUUAGCGGCUGACGACGGAAGUACCUCAUCCACAAUUGUCGGCACACUGAAGAAUAAGCGGAAACGAGACUCUUCAAGACCUACAUUUCCGUGUCCUUUGUUCCACUUCAACCCUGAUACUUACCCUGAAUGCAAGGGGAGAGCCUACCUAAGCAUUCAUCUUCAAGUCCACAUAGACCCUCAGUCUCGACCUCAAUUACCGGGAAAUGCAGCGCAGAGGGAACCACAAGAAAAAGUUAGUCACCACCAGAUAUCGUUCUCCCGAUACGAUGAAGCUUGGAAUGCCCAAGUGAACACUAGGGGAAUAGACAACAAGCAAGAAAACAUGUAUCGAGUUAAGUUUUGGAGGUUGCUGCCGAUAUAUGCUCGCAUCCCCAUUAACACACGGUACGGGGAGACGCUACUUCCCGAGAGCUAUCGAGGUCAGGAGCGUGAGUUACAAGAAGGACAACAAGCUGAGCUGGAGACUAAUCUCCAACAAAAUCUCCUUGUCAUUGGAGGACCUAUUCAACAUACACCGGCUCAAGGACGGAGGGUUCCCAGUGCUCAAGCCGCAUUCAAUCGAGACUUGGCUCAGGAAGAGACUGCAGUCGCACCUAUUCCACAGAGUCAGUUUGUACCAACCCUGUUGGCUUCGCCCUCUUCUUGCGCAAUAGCUUCCGCCCUCGGCAUGCUGAGUAACGUCGACCGAGGGUCAAGACUCCGGUGUAUUAAUGGCGUUCCCGGCCUACGAAGAUAUACACAAGGCCUUCGGGAGAUCGAGGAAUUCGUCCGCAGCAGUCAGACCCCCGAUCGUAUCUUCGAAUACUUCAUGUGCAUUUCGACAGGUUCAACCGUGGCUGCGCCUAGCCCACCGAUGCAGAAUACGCUUCUGCCAGGCCAUACAAAAUCAUUGAACAUGUUACGAGAAGCCACCAAGUGGCUGAGGGAUGGAUGGCAGGGACUGCAAGGCGACCCUUCCUUGUCUGAUGAUGCCCGACAAUUGAUGGACCAGCUGGGUGGUGCCGCGGACAAUGCCGAAAGCCUCCUCCGCCACAUUGAAAACUCUGAGGACGUCGUCCAGUACUUCGUGCGGCUCGCCAGUCAGCGCCCGGGCGCUCCUGCUCAGCUUGCCUCUCCUUUGGACCCCAGUAUUCCUCCUAGCCCUGUUCCUCUCGUCCCAUCAUUUGUCAACGAGCUGGAUCGUCGAAGACCUUCCACGCCUCCUGCCACGAAUCCACAGACAACCUCGGCAUCCAGUGGUACAUAUCCGCCGACGCCGUUCGAUUCCUCCCUGCUGUUUGAUUCCUCUCUGCGUUUCGCAGCCUUGGGAUCUCAACAAGGGAUUAAUGUGGCUGACACGCUCGACGAGCCACUAGCUUAUUUUAGUCGCGAGCAAGGAGAGCAUUUCGACAAUUCAAUAGGAAAAUCCCAGGAGGGAAACUUCGAGAGUCGUUGUCCUAGCAUGGCAUCGAGUACAGACGUGCGAGAAUGA